AUGUUAACACCCAGCUUCAAAAUAUCGCAAGAUGAGAACCACGUGUUCAUAACUGUGCACGCACCGUACACAAACGUUGGAGACACUGAAAUAGAUGUCGACGGUGAGAAUUUUCUAUUUGUGUCCAGCCCAUACUUUCUCCGUUUAUGCCUACCUGGUAAGAUCGUGGAGAAUGAAAAAUCUAAAGGCUCCUACGUCUGUGAUUCUGGGGACUUCAAUCUUAUUUUCGAUAAAGAAACACCAGGAGAAAACUUCGAAAACUUAGACAUGAUUACAAGCCUUUUGGCCCCCCGCGAUAUUCCUAAUAUAAACCCAAAUUUAGUUGAAAUGCUAGAAGAAGAUGGUAUAACAAUUGAAAAUGAAGAUUCUGUUAACAAAAUUAAUACAAAUACAUAUGCUUUUGGAUUUGCAUGCAAAGUUUCAACCGAAUUUAGUGAUAUUGGCAGGGAAUUUCCACAAAUAUUUGAAUUGAAGGUACCCGAACAAAUUCCUUUGGAAGAACGUCAUGAAAUGAGAAUAAAAUAUGAAAACCGUAAAUUCUCUUCUGAUCAUUAUUUAGCUGAUUUCUAUGAUGAUGAACUUAUUGAUCCUUAUCUAACAGCUACAAUGUCAUGGGAUGCUUGUGAUUUCAAUAAAGAUGCAGAUUUUACUGAUGAUGAAGUAAGCCUCUUGAAAGAAUUACCCAAUAAGCAUUACAUUCUAACUAAGAAAGAGCACAAGCAAAUAUUCUUAGGUCUUAUCGAUAUUCUGUAUGGCUUCUGUUAUGAUAGACGGUCAACAUUGAAUGAAUGUACUGUAGAAUCCAGUUGGACUAUAAAUAAAUUAUCCUCCACUUUAUCCUGGUUUUGUGUCUUUAAUGACAUGAAAGAAGUAUUGAUAGCUUGCUAUAGAAGAGCAUUAACCUAUCCUAUAUUCAGGAAUUUUGAAUUAUGUGAAAAAGUAAAGAAAGAUUUAGUCUCAUUGUUAAGAAAGGGUAAAAAAGUAAUAAUAAAAUCGAUGAUUAACAUACAUAGAAUGUUCAAUACCAGUAAUGAUGCAAGGUACAUCUUGAAUCAGUUAUAUAUAAGUGAUUACUUAAUAUUCUUGCAAAAAUGUAGAUCUGAAGAGUUCACAGAAUUGUGUAAUAACCUAGCAAAUAUUGAGAUAACUAAAGCCGAUUUAUCUUUGGAUUUGGAGGAAUUAGAGGCAGCUGCUGAUAUGGUUUGUGAAGAGGAAACACAGAUUGUGGAAAAUGAGGUGGCUCUCAAAAUGGCAUCUAUGUCUCUUCUGCCUAAUGCAAAAACAAACAUAGUGUUCGACUACACUGACAGUUCGUCAUCAAGUAGUGACUCAUCAGAUUCAUCCGAUUUGGAUUCUGAUGAUGAUCCUUCAUGA